AUGAGAUCAAUAACGCGAAGUUGCUGCUUAAUAAAUAAUUUACUCAAGUACCGAUACCGAGAUGUGUUGAUUCGAUCCUCCAGUUGGAGCUCAAAACCAAGUUUAGAUCAGUUAAUGGCAACACCUAUAACACCAAUUACACCUUAUCAAGUCCUCUUCGCUGGUAAUCGUGAAGAUGGAUCGCAUCUCAUGAAAAGUGCAAAAUUCCUAGUCAAAGAAUUGCUUGUAAGAUUUAGCCACCUUAUCGCUACUAUGCAAAAUCUCCCAUACAUCGCUAUGUGCCACCCCCAACUUAAAAGUGUGGUAAAUGAUUACAAAGCAGCCGUAGCUUAUAGUAAAACCUUGACCAAAAUUCUUGAAAAAUACAAUGACGAAUUAAAAUCCCUCGCUUCUGGUUUCGACAGCGCUUACAAGAGUGUUGCAGCUCAGGAUCAUUCCGAAAGUCUUGAUAAAAUCUUAAAAUGGUACCUUGGAAUAAAAAUUUUGGCUGAACAUUAUGUCGCGUUACAUCAUCCCAAACCAAAAUAUGUUGGUAUUAUCUGCACAAAGCUAGAGCUGCAAGAUCUUAUCAAGGCUAAAGCUGAUUUUGCACGAGCUACGGUAAAAAAUCAUCCAAAAUUAUCCGAUAACCUACCUAAUGUCAAAAUAGCAAUUAGCAACACUAAGGAGUACUUUUACAUCAGAAUUUCGGAUCAGGGUGGUGGAAUGGCUAAAGAAAACGCUAGUAAAGCUAUGAAAUAUCACUACACAACAAGCCGAGCAAAAAACACUGCACUUGAGCAAAAUAUUUUCAAUAGUGUAAUGGAAAUUCAAUUUGGUGGUCCAGCAGGAGGUCCUAUGUCUGGCUAUGGAUUCGGUUUACCUGUGUCACGCAUAUACGCAGAAUAUUUGGGAGGGAGUUUGCAAUUACAUACAAUUCCGGAAUAUGGCACGGACGUAUACUUAGAGCUACAACAUAUCGAUGGAAAAAAUUGCUUUAAAAUAUAA